AUGAUUGCAAAACCGGAAGGCCCCGUGAUGAUAUCAGCCCACUCUAAUUCCACUCGACUCUCAUUUGCUCCGAUUGCGUACCGAAAGGACCCGUCGUCAGCGUCAGCUAAAAUCUUCAAUAGGCUCCGCGGUGCCGUGCCUUCGCCUUCGCUUCUCUCUGCGUCUUACCUUGAUUACUCCAACAACAAAUUCUCUUCCAUGCUGCCCGGCGAUUUCCUCACGCUUUAUGGUACUGCACCCUCCAUCAACUUGGCAAACAACCAACUAGGUGGGACUAUUCCGUAUGCAGAGUGUGACCAGUUUCAUUACGAGGAGCAGGACGGUGAGGCUCUUCGAGAUCUCGACCUAUCCGGUAACAACUUCAGCGGGGAGGUCCCACCUUACGUGCUUAGAGGCUGCAAUAAUGCCCUGCGGGUGCUAAACCUGAGGGGCAAUCGCCUCGAGGGAACGUGGCCCCAGGAGAUGGACGGGACAUGUAGACUGGAGGCAGUAGAUUUACAUGGAAAUCAGAUCCGAGGGCGCUUGCCAAGAUGGCUAGCUAACUGCAAAGAGUUGAAUGGGCUCGAUGUCGGCGGCAACAAUUUCAUGGAUUCUUUCCCGUCAUGGCUAGGAAACCUCCCUCACCUUCGUGUGCUUAUCCUGAGAUCCAACCAGUUUUACGGCCCAGUGACGACAGUGAGCAUGGACCCUCAUAGUCAUAGGAAGAAUCACUCGAGGUCCGCUUACUUCUCCAGUCUCCAAAUCAUUGACCUUGCGGACAAUGGCUUCACUGGAGUGCUACCACCGGGACUCUUCUACAGUUUCAAGACCAUGGCUCAGGCCAGCACAGUGCACAAAGUACGUGAGGUAACAGUGAUAGGUGAACAGGGUGAGACUGACAUACAUCAAGAACCACGAAAUCCGGUCGAGGUCGCCAUGAAGCAACAAUACAUGAGGAUGCUCGAAGACCAACAACUCGACCUCAUGCUGAUUGACCUGUCCAACAACAGAUUCAGCGGCUCCAUUCCAAGGACGGUGGGCAACCUGACUGCCCUUCUCGUGCUCAACCUGUCGCGCAACGCCUUCACCGGGGAAAUCCCGGCCGAGAUCGGCCGCCUGUCACAGGUCGAGUCGCUGGACCUCUCGUGGAACCAUCUCACGGGGGAGAUCCCGCAGUCGCUGGCCUCGCUGACGGCCCUCGAGUGGCUCAACGUCUCCUACAACGACCUCAGUGGGAGCAUACCUUCGGGCACCCAGUUCUCGACGUUCCCCAGCAGCUCGUUCCAGGGAGGCAACCGAGGGCUAUACGGAUGCCUGCUUCCCGUGCGGUGCAACCUGACGCGUCCACCGCCGUUGCAGGUGACCGGUGGAGAAUCUGCUGACCACAGGUUCCAGGUUGUCGUGCUGUACCUCUUCAUUGGUUCUGGCUUCGCGCUGGCCAUUGUUGUGCAGGUGGUCUGCAGCAGGAGAGGCGCCAGGAAAUGGCUGUGCAGAGCCAACUAG